AAUCCAAAUAUUAAGGGGACUUGUGGAUGUGGAGAAUCAUUUAGUAUUUAAUUAAAUUCCUAGUUCAAAUUCGUAUUAUUUAGUCAUAUUAUUAGACGGUGUUUUAAAAUAAAAUAAAAUAUAAUUCAAAAAUAUUUACAAUGGCAACUCGUGAAAGACGUGCAAAUGCGGGUAACCGUAUGGCAAAAUUACUUGACGAAGAGGAGGAAGAUGAAUUUUACAAAAAUACAUAUGGUGGCUUUGAAGAAGUUGAAGCUGAUAACGAUUAUGUUGAGGAAGACGAAGGAGAGGAUGAAGUAGAUUCCGAUUUUAGUAUAGAUGAGAAUGAUGAACCCGUUUCAGAUCAUGAAGAAGAAGGUCCCAAAAAGAAAAGGCGACUGGUUACAAAGGCUUAUAAAGAACCAGUUCAAACUCAACAAAAGAGUAAACAAAAGCAGAAAACUCCAAAACCACGUACCGUUAGAGAAAAAUUACCGAAAUCAGAAUGGAUGUCAUUAUCUAAAUUUAGUAAUACAGAACGAAAAUCAAUCCGUCGAUCUACAGCUGCAAAAUCAGCGGCAACACAACAAAGAAUGCGCAUACGACGAGAAGAACAAAAACGAAAAGUACGACAUAUUCGUCAUGAAGAAGAGCUUCCAACUCAAGAAGAAUUAUUAGCAGAAGCGAAAAUUACUGAAGAAGAAAAUUAUAAAUCCUUAGAAAAAUAUCAAAAAUUGGAAAGCGAGAAAAAAACAAGGCGUACCACUAAAAGAGUUAUUACGGGUCCCAUAAUUCGAUAUCAUUCUUUAGCCAUGCCUUUAAUCUCUGAAGUGGAAUCAGCUAAUACAGCAAACGAUAAAAAUGAAAACGAAAAUAUCAAAAGUGAAGAAGUUCAAGAUAAUACAAUCAAUAAAACAUCAGACAAAUAUGAACGUACUUUCAUAACAUUUGAAAAUGAUCCAAACGAUGAUGUAUUUAAUUCAAUAUUCAAGAAAAAAAUGGAAAAACCUCCCAAAAAAAUGUUGUGUGCAAUCACAAAACAACCAGCAAAAUAUAUAGAUCCUGUCACGCAAUUACCAUUCAAUUCGAUUCAAGCAUUUCGUAUUAUACGUGAGGCAUAUUAUCAACAAUUAGAGGCACGUGGUGAUCGUACAAUACCAGAAGUUGAUAAAUGGGUUCAAUGGCGAUUACAAUUAAAGGAAAAACGUAAAAUGCUGUUAAAAAAUACAAAAAAUAUUUUGAAUUUAAAUCGUUUAGGAAUUGGUGUUAAAUCUUCAAAUUAACAACAACAUAUAAUAUUGUGUAUUUUUGUAAAUAUUUAUUAUGACAAUAUAAUUGAAUUAUUUUUACUUGGAAAA